GUUGCUAGAGAAGUGACUCUGAGAACGCAUACGGUCAACGGAGUACAGGUUCAGGUGUCAUCCCAUCCGUUCACCGAGGAAAACUCUCAAUUAUCAUCAAGUCAGGUCAGCCACUGAAGAGAAAUCUCUCACGUAAAAGCAAUAAUGACUCCAUGAUUGUCCUAACUUGGUUUCCAGGCCAAGGGUAACGAUGUGUCAGGUUUUUAAAAGGUUUCAGGUUAGUCACUCAGGAGCAACCUGUUGUAGAAACAGUGCUCAUCGCUCAUGACUCUAGUAUGAAGUACAAAGUUCAGGUGAAAAGGGUAAAGGCCCGGGGAACAGGAAACUCCUUGGCCUAUUCCUUAAAUAAUCCAUCUGACGUACAAUGCUCCAAGAUUAAGGCAACUAUAAAAAUUUAAUUUUCAAGGAGUUGCCAGUAUAGCUCAUUUUCCUAGGUUGGACUUGCUUUUGGCAAAUGCAACGCAACAUCAAGUCUUUGGUUUAACAUUUUGAUUCAAUAAGUAUGAUAACCUAAUCGACAAGCGUCCGCACGGUAGAUGAUUUUGGUAAAACGAAUGGGCCAGUUAUUUAAACGGGGUUUAGGUAGUGUUUAACAAAACCCCGUUCUAAGCCAUUUUCAGUUUGCGGAACGCUUCAUGACGUAAACACAAUUUAUCGUUAACAUUAAAUUUUUCAUGACAGUAUACGGCGUAGACUGGAAAAGCAUGAUCUUCUCAAAAUAACAUUAACCCACUAAGAAAGAGAUCUGGAGGUUCAAAGAUUGCCUAAGUCGCGGUCUAAGGUAGACUUUGUUGAAAUAACCUACCCAAUAUGUCUCAACUUCGUUUAUAUGUUCACUGUUACCCAAAUUCACUUUCAGUCCAGUGUUGUUUUCAUCCGUGGACUCUCAGAGGAUACAACUGAGGAUGGCCUGUGUAACUAUUUGGAAAACACUAGGCGUUCGGGCGGCGGACCAGUGCAGGAAGUCAAAAUCACUGGAAAUACAGCAAGAGUCAAGUUUGAGUCAUCACGAGGUAAUUUCACCUUUCGUUUUUUACAAAUGACCGGAAAAUAAACUAUCAAGCACACAAAUUUUAAUUUCACCAAAGCCCUAAAAUUACAUCGUCUGUUUAUUUCAUUGAGGAAACAAUCCGUUACUUGUGCAUAAGCGCAAACAUUUUCCUCAAAUCGCUCUCCUCCUUGUCGAUUGUCGUAAAAUUUUGACUUUUGCUGCAACUAUUUGGGCAAAAAACUCAAAAGCUUUUUUUAAAGAAAAAUAUUCCUAGGAUAUAUCAACUAUUAACUUGGUAGAUUCAGGGUGUUAUUACUUUGUGCUUUAAAUUGGAUGGUCUUACGCUGCAUCGGCCAAAAUAAUAAGCAAUCAAUGAGGCCUUGUUGUUGUUCUUGAGAACCACUCAGGUCUAAACAAUUAUUGGAGGCGAUUUUCAGUGUGAUAUCCGGAAUAAUAAAGGUCGAAGUAGUGGUGGACAUUGGUCUUUGAAAUCAUGCAUUGCGCGCGCAACCUACAGAUUUGUCACUAAUCUUGUAACAGAUAACUAACUAAUCUGUAGGUUGCGCUGAUUUCCAAAAUUAACUGUAGGUUCUUAGCAAAUGAGAAGAAAGAUAGUGAGGACAAUGUAUAAUGAUAACAGAUAUCUACCAAGUUUCACAGAGAGCAGCAACCUUUAACAUGGUAACGAUAUUCUCUUCUUUUCUUGGUAGAUGCUAUAAAUGUGACUCUCAGAAAACAUAUCAUUGAUGGUGCACAAGUUGAGUUGUCGUACCAUCCGUUCACUAGUGAGGAACCUGAAUUACAGGUUGGUCACUGCGAUAAAAUUAAAAAAUACUAAUUGGUUUGGAAGAGAACAUUUUAAUGUACUAUAUAGCUACACAGAUUGGUAAUUGUUGGUAUCUCGGAUUACACUCCUAAGAGCUCUUUAAUUCAGCUUUUCUCGUUUACAAGGGUCACUUUAAGAAAAAAAGUCUGCUAUACAGUGGAGCAAUAUGAAGGAAUAUAGCGGGUUUUUUGAAUUUAUAAGCUUAGGGUCACAACUAAGGAAUAAAACGUGUAAAUGUUAUUAGUAAAAUCCAACUAGUGGUCUAUUAUCAAUGCUGCGUUCUGAUUGAUUGAGCGACUACUAGGCUAGAUGUUAUAGCCCAUUAGUAGCGAAAAGCGCCAGCUUUGAAAACCAAAACUAUGGCGGCUGAAUCGCGUUUUGUUAGCUAAAAUUGUUUUGUCUCGAUAUUUUUUACCAACUUUUUGGAUUUUACUAAAUCAAUUAUUCCUCUCGCCCUCAUGGUCUCUGAGUCAAUAGCCUAUUGGGCCUUCGGCCUCGUGCAUGGGCUAUUGACUCAGAGCCCAUUCGGGCUCCAGGAAUCAUGUUAAUUAUGAAGUUCUUUGUCAGCCGCUUUAAACCUCGAUCUGCAGAUGAAGAUCUUCAAGGAGCUAGACCAAAACUUUGAAACCUUCAAAUCUGAACUUACUUUUAACUUUAAAAUCAAAUCAAUAUACAAAAAGACGACAUUCACGAGGCCCCUAUGGCUUCACCUUCGCUUUGAUAAAGGCACUGAUGUAUCUGUCUUGUCCCAAUAGUCCGGCGGCUUAGCUAGAAAAUUAUGCGAUUUUUGAUACAAGCGCCAUACUUUGUAGCCUUCGAAAAAAAAGCUAUUUUUCGGAGGGAGAGAAGCGACGACGGGAAAUGCGACAGUUGUUCGCAGGCUACAUACUUUGUAGGAGUAUUUACAUUCCGUGGCCGGUGAUUUCCUGAUAUAGUGCCCGAUAAAGAAGAAGAGAAGAAAGAGAUGGAUCAAUUUCGUGUUGGAGAGGUGAAAGAUGUGGUUUCCGGGGAAGACGUUUUAUUUCAAAAUACAGUUACAACAAUACAGAUCAUGUUUAAAAUUUGGAUGCAAAUAGUUAUUAUUUUCCUCUCUUCAUAUAUUUAAAUGCAGGCCAUAUUUUGGAAAGUGUCUGCACAUGCUUUUUCUCUCUUUUCUCUUGGUUGAGUUGGUUGCGAUGGUAAGAAUUUCUGCUAUCUCAUUCUAAAUAUGCGUGCGACUCGGUUUAGCUAGAAAAUGAAACUAUUCUAGUCAUGUAAAAGAGAAAAACAUCGGUUUAAAAAAAUUAACUAAACAGGUCGCUGCCUCAAGCAAUCGACUGGUGACAAGGUGUUAUUUGCCAGAAGGAAACAACUGAAAACCCUCAGUGUCCUGUUAACUGGAAACGGCACGACUCUUGUGCUGGAUACCUAAUUUUUGAACAAGACUUAACUUCAUUUUAUGAGACGGGAGAAUUAAAUUGUGCUUAUCGUUGCCAUGGCAUCGCAUAGUUAAGGUGCAAUAGCGUGUUAUAAACAAGAUGUAAGUGGUAAACAGGUGGGUUGACAGAGUGAAACGAUACUAUGUCUUGAUAAACUGAGACAAAUAAUUUAACGAAUUGAAUUCAUAAUUUUUUUAUGAAUUUUAAUAAAUUGCGGUUUCUAUGGAAACCAUCGUAAUUCCGGUUUAGCACUAUAUCUGAAAUUGCUUGUAUUGGUGACUGCUAUCAGUGUGCCAAAUUUCAUGCUUGUAUCUAAAAGUGCACAAUUCACUGAAAAUUUCUAACUAAAGCGCCGGACUAAAAGUGAAUCGUCAGAUCGGCAAUUUUGUACGAUUGGCAAAGGUCUCUCGUACGUCGUUGGUGUUUCUCAGGUUAUCAUAACUAGGAUCGAAUUAUUAAAGAUCUGUGUUCUUUUUUAUCGUACAGCAGACAGGCUCUAAUUAUUUAUACUGGUCUUAAACCUCAGGAAAACUAAAGAUUUCAUUGCGUUGAAUUGUUGCCUUCACUUGCAGUCCAGUGUUGUUAUCAUCCGUGGACUCUCCAAGAAUACAACUGAGGAUUGUCUAUGGAACUAUUUGGAAAACACGAGGAGGUCAGGUGGCGGGCUAGUUAAGGAACUGAAAAUCAACAGAAUUUCAGCAAGAGUCGAGUUUGAAUCAUCAGAAGGUAAUUUGAAGCACACAAUUUCUCUACAAAUUUAAAACAGUUUUAUUGUCCGAGAUGAGACUACUUUAAAGGUAACUGUAAUGAUGCUAAAAAAACAGCAGCAACGACGAAAAGAAAGCCAUAAACUUUAAAGAAAACUAUCGUAUUCUAAAAGGUAACAGCUUUAUUUGUGGCAAUGCGUAAUUUGCGCAUCAAUUUGCUUACCAGUGAACUAAUUUGAAUUUGAAAUCGUACCUCAACAAUAGUUUAUAAUAGUACAGAAAGAACGAAUUUUAUUUCAAGUAGUCACUCAACCUUUCUUAUGUUCCUGAUAAUAAUUCUAUGGGUGUGUUAAUUGACUAAACCUCAACAUAAAAUCCUGUUAUUCUAGUGGCCAAACGUUUUGUUGAAAAAGACAAGCACACUUUGAAUGGAGCUACUCUGGAAGUUACCAAAGAAAUGUCUCAAAAACAUAAGGAAGCUGCCAAGACCAUCAUGGUCACUUGUGUUGCAACAAAAACCACUGAAGACUCCCUUUGGAACUAUUUUGAAAACGGGCGGCGAUCUGGUGGUGGAGCGGUAGAAAGUGUAACUAUUCAACGUGAAACAGGCACGGCUUUUGUGACCUUCGAGGAUGCAAAUGGUAAGUCAUUGUGUACCCUGCUCUAAGACCUCAGUUAGCCAGGAAGAGCGAAAACAGGAAAAAGAGAACACAGGAAACAUUGUGUACUAUCAGGAGCCCAUACUCCUGGUACUAUUGAAAAGAUGUGAAACUGCAGUUAUAGGAGCAUGACCAAACUAUUGGGAGUGGUCGUAUUUCGAACCUGCACCGAUUGUGCACUUUGAAAUGUUUCCACCUAUUUAUGCAUUUUAAACCGUCUUAAUAUCCUCACUUGUUGGUCUUGCGACCUAUUGGCUUUCUUUCGUUCAACCCUCAGAUGUACACCCCACCCUCUCAACGAUUUUUUCCAAGAUUUUUGUCUAAAUGUCUUUAAACCAGACCUUCCACUUAUCGGCAGCUAGUCAUUUUCCGCAAACACAUUGUAAAGUUAGGGUUUUUAAAUUUUUAUCAAAAUAUAAAAAUCCAAAACCAUCCUGAUUGACGGUUGUAGAAGGGCUAAAUGUAAUAAACGACCCUAAAUGUAAUUAAGUCGUAAAAGUAAUAACAUUUUGUCCUAAAUGUAAUACCAAUUUGCCCUAAAUGUAAUAAACUCUUAAGUUGCCAAUUACAGUAAUUACUCGAAUAAGUACCGCCCUCAAAUAAGCGCGGCAUUUGGCGGGGGGGAGUUAAUUAGCCCCGCGGCGCUUAUUCGUAUGAGUACGGUACUAAACGGUAUUACUAUGGUAUUAAGCACCGCUCUCAAAUAAGCGCCGUAUUUUCGGAUAAAAAGUUAAUAAGCGCCGCGGCGCUAAUUCGCGUAAAUUCGGUACAUUUGCUUAUGCACUGUGAAACUUAACGUUUAUAAAUAAAUUGCUUGUAAACGACAAAGUAACAGUAAUUUUUCUAAAAAAAGCAAUAUUUAAGCAACUGGAAAACUUUUUAACUGUGUUUGCAUAGCCUGAUUGACACACUCGAGGGGUUGGGAGAAUUCGAGACAGUUAUGCAAACCCGAGACGAAGUCGAGAAUUCUCCCAACCCCUCGAGUGUUUAUAUCAGGCUAUGCAAACACAGGAAAAAGGUCUCUAUUGCUUCUAUAAAAUAAUUUUCCCGAGAAAAAAGAAAAACUCUUUGUUUAGGUUACUGAUAAAAGAGAAAUUCUUACCGGCCGCGAAGUCUUGUACGCGAAGCUAAUUGUACCUGUAAUCAGUUCUUGUUUUGCAACAAAGAUGCUUUCCAUAAAAGGCUUUUUCUCGCUUAAAAUGUCAGCUUAAGCGAAGAAAAAUUGGUACAGCAUGUUCGUAAAGAUUUCCCAAGUUUCAUCCGACGAGGGAAUGGGUAAAUAAAGUAAAUUUGUCGCGUUUUCAACUCAAAAACAUUUUAAAAUUCGUGCUUGUGUGAUUAGCGCGCGAAGAGCAAAAUAUCUUGACUCCACACAUGUUUACAUACUCUCAUGCAAACACAUCUCUUGGCCAAUCAGGGUGCGCGCGUACUAUUUUAGUUAUUCAUUAUCAGCUGUGCAGUAGUCUUUAGGGCCAGUUUACAUGGAGGUGGGGGACCCCUGACAGGUGAGGUAACAUGCUGCGGGUUACCCCCCUUAUUAUCUAAACGUGAUCAAAUUAAAAUGAGAGAUUAUGUGGACAGGCGGGUUACCCACCAAAGCGGGUUACCUCACCUACCUGGGGUCCCCCACGUCCAUGUAAACAAGCCCUUAGUCUUCUCGUUUUUUGUUCUUAAUAUUUUAGCUGAUUAGAUCUCUUUUCUAGAGAUCCAACGUUGACAAGCAACAGGAUUUUCGUCCACGGUUUUUGCAGUGAAUUUCUCGGUUUUCACAAAAAUGAAGUAUCAAAAUUUGUAAACGUCAAGUUACACAGUGCAUAAUUAGGAAAUGUACCGAAGCUUAUUAAAUUUUUUCUCCAAAAAUACAGCGCUUAUUUGAGGGCGGCGCUUACAACCAUGGUAAUACCUCUUAGUACCGUAUUUAUGCGAAUAAGCGCCGCGGCGCUUAUUAAAUUCCCCAAAUGCAGCGCUUAUUUGAGUAAUUACUGCAAUUUGCAACUUAAGAGUUUAUUACCUUUAGGACAUAGAGGAUAUUACAUGGCCGCGUGGAGAUACGAAAUUUCUCCUCAAGUGUUGAAAAAUCUUUCACGAGUGAGCGCAGCGAACAAGUGAAAUACUUUUUUCAACACGGGAAGAAAAAUUUCGUAUCUCCAAGCGACCAUGUAAUAUUCUAUUUAUCAUAUAAACACCAAUGAAAUACCAAACCAUUUUACUUAAAUAGUUUUUUGGUCUGAAAGGUGCUGUUUAUUAUGAAGCCAUAACAAUGGUGAUAUUUUCACGUGUGAAGAUAACAUAUUAUUUUCACAUGUGAAGAUAUCAAGUUUUCGCGCGAAAGCUCACCUGGUAUUUCAUUGGUGUUUACAUAAUAAAAAACGUUAUUAAAUUUAGGACUUUAUUACAUUUAGGGUCGUUUAUUGCAUUUAGGCCUUUUACAGAUGUCACAGGUCGCUAGCAGCGCUAUAUACAGUUGCGUUUUAGAACCCCUUCUGUACGGAAUUUCUUUAUAUCAAACCGUUUUCUUUGCCUUGACAAAAAUAUAUAUAUUUUCCUUUAAAUCAACCCGCUUAAUAUGAAGACAACGUUUCAUAUCCACAAGGAACACACUACUGUGACACUGACGACCUGGACACUUUUUCAAUCUCAGAUCACCCGUCAGAACUUAAGAGAUGAAAGCCCACAGUCGUGAAGAAAGGUUCUGCCUUUAAUAGUAUCCAGUCUUUCUGGCUCAUCCUCAUAUCAAACUACAGUGUAAAGAAUAUUCCUCACUCCCCCUCCCCACACACACCUUACCGUAAGAGUUGUUUGGACAUGCAGUUUUUAACCUUCUUUCUUGACACCGCACAGUCUGACUAAGUCAGACCCUUCCAAGAUUUCACCCUGUUAAAAACUGAACGGAGAAAGAAGUGAGCAAUUGAGAUAAUUAUGGUACACAUUCUGAGUUUUCGCUACCUAAAAGUGAAAAAAAAUCAAACAACUAAUCUUUCGAUUUCUUCACUUUUAGUUCUGAAGACUGUGUUACAACGUCGACAGCAUUGCCUGGAUGGAGCUUCCCUAGCCAUUAAAGUAAGCGUCCAGCCAGCUGAGCAGACUGACCAAGAAGAUAUGGAAGAAUUUCGCACCAUUGAAUUAAAUGGGCUUGCUCCGACAACAGCCAAAGAUUCUAUCAGAAACUUUUUUGAAAACACUCGGCGAUCCGGCGGCGGAGAUAUAGAUAGCGUGGAAUUCAAUCCUGAAGAAGGAUUUGCUGUCAUAACGUUUAAGUUAGCUGAAAGUGAGUUUGUUGAUAUCCGAAACUAGGCCCUAUUAGGGAAUUAUUACUAGUAAUAGUUGACACUACAGCUGCCCCCGCACUGUAUAUUGUCAGUCAAUAGUGUUCUUGCUCGUUGUGCAGCUCUUUGAAAUAUACCGAUUCAUAAUGAAGAUUUUCACACAAGUCAUAUUCCAUACGAGACAUGUAAUAGGUGCGAUAAAUACAGGAAACGCAAGGUUCCAUGCACUAAUUCAGAUUGAUUUACAAAGCUUUGAUCAAGACAUUCUCAGUUUCGAGAAUAGUUUAUUCUAAACCAUAAGAAAAGAUUUAAUUAGAAGUUGAAUUUUUCGCUAUUUCUCUUUCACUUUUUACAUUCAGUUCAUUUUAUUUGCCGGAAAGUAAGCCUUAGAAAUUAAAAAGACGUUUGAUCAAUUCACGCUCGCGCAUUCUAGUCUUAUUUUAAACUUUAUAGCGGAAGGACAUCCGUAAGCAGGGAAUGAAUCAGCACAGAAUUUUAUUGUAAAAGGUUUGAACCCUCGAGUAAUUUCAAAAGUAGGUUGAGUUUGAUCGUCAGGGUGAACGUAGUCCUGAAUAGGACUGUUGCUGUUGACAGUGACUGGCGUUUCGACAAUCUGUGCGGUAGUCAUCUUCAGAGUCAAAGGGAGUUGUAUCACGUCAGUUGAUGGUAUUAUACUCUGGUUAUUGAUCUGAUUGGUCAAUUACGUCGCGAUGUUAUUGGUCGUCUGUCAGUUAAGCGGUGAUGUUAUUGGCUAUGAAGACUCGUAAUCAGUAAUUGGCGCGUUUCGAUCCGUCUAUUGUCACAGUUAAACAGUUGUUGGUCAAAUUGUCAGUUCUUUAGUCGUUCUCUCGUAGUUAGCUUUGCUGGAUGUCGUCAAUAGGUCGUCUGUACGGCGCUGGUGACUGUUGGCUACGAUUCAGUGGCGUUUGUCCUAAGUUAGUAAACCAGCUUUCUACAGUAAGACGUUGAUAGUAGUCUGUAGAAUACGUUGUACAUGUCGCAGAGUCGCGUGGAUGUUUCGUGUGUAAAUGGUGCUCAGCAAUGUGAUUGUUGACGUCACCAUUCCUCGUCGCUCGUUUCUGUCGUUUGUGUUCGGUCAGUCGCGUGCUUCAUUGUCGGCGAAUUUCUGUAAUCGUCCAUCGUUCUGCUAGUGAUAAACUAGCCGUUGUCCACUCGUCUUGCUUCUUUGGGGAUGAGUCUUAUUCCGGUCAAAGAGAGAGAAAGAGUGUCUGGCAAGGUUUCCAAUCAAAGAUUUGUGACCUUGUGUCUGGCAAACUCUCCAAGUGUUCAUAUAUACACAAAUAUACGCUCUUUAUAACUUCAUCUGCGCUUAACGAGUGUUUUUUGGUCCAUAACUUUCAAAACAACUGCUCCACAGAAGGUCACUGAUAACAUGUAACGCAAAAGAGUAUCGAAGCAUUACUGCACAAUAAAUGUCACAAAAUCUACCUAAGCGGUCCCUUGGGGAUGUUCUGUCUUUACCUCAUCCUAACCAUUUCGUACUUGCGGGCGAAAACAAUAGAAACGUCAUCAUUACCUACCGAUUCCUCGCGGCCCCUGUUCAAACAAAUCGAGAAUUUUUCUGGCAUACUGACUGUAUAUUUCAACUGUAAGUACUUUCCUUAAUACACGCGCGAGUUACCAGAGUGCCUCCUCGGGAUUAUGCCUUCUAGGCGAAAUCCUUGCGGGGGCAAUUAUUAAAUAAACACCAAUGAAAUACCAGGUGAGCUUUCGCGCGAAAACUUAAUAUCGUCACAUAUGAAAAUAACACGUUAUCUUCACAUGUGAAAAUAUCACCUUUGCUAUGACUACAUAAUAAAUCGCGCCUUUCACACCAAAAAACUAUUAAAAUGAAAUGGUUUGGUAUUUCAUUGGUGUUUAUAUAAUAAUUACAAGAAGAAUAAUUAUAAGAACAUUACAUGGCCGCUUGGAGAUACGAAAUUUCUUUUCUCGUGUUGAAAAAAUAUUUCACUCGAAGAGAAAUUUUGUAUCUCCAAGCGGCCGUGUAAUAUCCGCUAUUUCUAUUUUCUUUUCUUUUCUAUCCCUAUUAAUCAACCAGAAACGAGGUGCACUUUUUAUACAACAUGGGAAAACGUUCAUAAAGAAGAAAAUGGCACCUGAUUUCCUUAGUUCCUUAUUUUCUACAAUACAUCCAUUCGGGCAACCCUCACCCCGGCCCUACAAGACAGCACAAAGUGUGAAAAAGAAAAUAAGCUGCUCACGAUGGUUAAAAAAUUCGUGUUAUUUUUUUAAAAGGUGUUUGAGGAAUAAUGUGAAUGAAAAGCUUCUAAAGACAAGGAGUUCUGGCUUUUGUAACUCCGUAGUCUAAUAUAUCACUCACGUAGUUAGUUGUUCCCUUGUCGUCUAUAAUUCAAUAAUUCCCUUUCCUUCACGAUCGACAUGCAUUUCUAUGGGAUUUGUUCAUUAACAAUUUUUUAAUGUUUUAUUUAAGGUGCACGAGGAGUUUUGAAUAAACAAAAUCUCACCCUUGAAAACGCAAAGCUGACGGUCACUCUGCGCAAACCAACCAAGAAACUGCGAGUUGAUACUAAGAGGCUUUUUGUGAAAGGUCUGAGUAAAAAAACUACCAGGGACGGCUUACAGUUGUUCAUGGAAGUAGUGAGUGGACUGGAAGUAUCAGAUAUACAAUUCGGAGGAGAGCAAGACUGUGCACUAGUUGUAUUCCGGGAAACAUACAGUAUGUUAGUUUAUUUGGUUUAAUAAUCAAUUAUUGGAUGACGCUGAAUAUGAUAUACGUGAUUGAAAACACGUUUUCGCUUAAAAAGUAUAAUCCAUGAAUGAUGAGGCUUCAAAGAUUUAUGGGUAUACGUUCAUUAGCAACGCAAAUUCAAAGUUCUUUCAAUAAGAGUUACAUUGCCACGAGUUGCUCGUGCGGAUGCAAAUCCCUAUAUAAUUAUAGUACUUUGUCGUUGUCUUUUAUGUCUUCCAAGAUGAAAGCUUUCAGGUCCUAUCUUAUGAUUUUCAUAUGGCAACGCUCCUUAACUAUAGAGAUCCCUGAGAUACCCUGUACAGGUGAAAUUAUGAGCUUAUCACCAAGAAAACUGGAAACCGUUUGACCCUUUUUGGAAUGCAUCAUCACCAAAAGCUUCGAUAAUGUAAACCUUUUUGGAAGCAACUUUAAAUUUGCAAUGCUAAUCAAGUCUUACCAAUAAAUCCAUUAAGUCUCAUCGUUCGUGGUUUAUACUUUUCAAGUGACAACGUUUUUUCAAUCAGGUGGUCAAGGGAGGUAGGAUCGUCUGAGGUGGAUAGCACUCUCAGAGAUCUGCAACUAAACAUUUCCAAAUUCAGCAAAACGUCUGUUCCUUGGCAGGUUCAUGAUAUGCAGCAGGGAUGUUUAUUCGUGAAGACAUUGUGUUAAAUACACAGUUGUCAUCCUUUGAGUUUUUUUGCUUUUGUUUUAUUGUUGUUGUUGGCUUUUUUGCUGUGCUUUUUUGGUAGGAGCUAAAGUGGUGGAGCUAACUUGUCUUUUGCUGUCCUUUUUGUUUGUUUGUUUGUUUGUUUACUGUGAAACUCACAAAACCGUGAACAACAGAAAUAUUUAUGGAAUGUUAUUGUGUUGUAUAAGCUCCUCCAAAUAUAAGCCCCCCAAACCGGUGACGCAAAAACCUCCCGUUGAAACGCCGCUUCAAAUAUAAGCCCCAUCGGGGCUUGUACUUGGAAAAUUGCCCUCAAAUACAAAGUAAAACAAAGCCGAAACCGUAAAUUUACUUCCAACUACAAGGCUAGCCCAAUCGAUUUUGAAACGCAAACUUCCCUGAUAAGCCCCACAAAAAGGGCCUUUGAAAAAUUUAAGCCCCGGGGCUCAUUUUCGGAAUUUUACUGUAGCCAAUAAGGCAUCAGAAACCUAAACCACAACCAGCAACAGUAAUUAGUUUGUGGUUUUCAGGUUCUGCACUUACCAGAAGUUAAUAGAAAUAAUAGAAUUAAUAGAAGUUAAUAGAAACGCAAAUAGCAAACAAUUACUGGAGAAUAUUGGAUAUGGCCUGGGAGUAACGCCAUAACCCACUUUAAUAAUAGUCAAAAAAUGAACAUAGCUACAGCAAAGGUAAUUAAACUAAAGCUACAUGUAAGUGUACCAAGGUGACCAGAAAAAACCUGCCCCAAAAAUCCUGUAGGGAAAAAGGGACAGAAAAUCUGGGACAGGCCAGGCACAUCUUACGUCCCCCGCCAGGACUCUAUAUAUCAUAAAUUACUCAAAAUUACAAAGUCAGCAAAAGCGAAAAUCUAGAUCCGAUUAAACAAUCGCCAACGAAUACUGGAAAGUAUAAAAUAAUAUAAUGAUAAAUAUAUAUACGAAUAUCAUAAACAACUAAAUUGAAAGUUCCUUAGAUACGGCUAAACGUUCGUUAAGACCAUGCUUAAUAUACCUAUGCUUAGUGGAUUCGCACCUCCAACCAGUAUGGAUAUCUAACAAAUCACCAGCUAUUUUCCUACAAGCCGGAUUAGAAGCCGCGCAAGACUUCAUACUAUGUGUGCCGUACUUAGAAAUAUCACUAACAAAUGGCUUAAUAUGCUUCUUAAAUUCCUCCCCUAAAGUGGAAACAGAAACACCCAAACUAGAAUGAAAAUACUCCCUAGACUUAGCUUUGACAAUUCUGCGAACUAAUGGGAA